GUACAGGCCAUGUUUGCAGGACAGACAAACGAGUCAUGCCGAGACGCUGUGGGACACUAGACUGUUUGCAUCGAUUGAAGUUAUGGGAUGGAUGGCACAGAUGCAGUCAAUUCUAUCCCGACAUUGCAACGCCGAUGUGAAUAUGUCCGUGAUAGCACUGUCGGUCUGUGCAUCGAUCGAUGACAAUGCUAAUCCCAAUGUCAAUGCCGUUGUCUGGACAUUCUCGAUACCAAUGUCUGGGCCAUGGUCGAUGACUUUCGAGCCCUUGGAAUCCGGCCAUCCAAAGGAGUGCUGCUGUACGGCCCUCCUGGCACCGGAAAGACAAUGCUGGCCAAGGCAGUCUCCUCUGAGGCCCACGCCCAGUUCCUGCCUGUUUCGAUAUCAUCGCUGAUAAAAGGCGAGGUCGGAGAGUCCGAGAAGGCCAUUGCAGCGCUUUUCCAGACGGCACGACGAUGUCAGCCCUGCGUCAUCUUCAUCGAUGAGGUGGAGUGCCUGUUUAGCGACCGCGAUAACUCUGGAGAUCUGAAUCAGAAGAUCUUUUCUCAGCUACUCUUUGAAAUCGACUCGCUUGAAUGGCCCCACGACAAGAUCGUUGUCAUGGUUGCGACGAACCAUCCACAAAGAAUGGAUCCGGCUCUGCUGCGGCCCGGCCGCAUCGACCGGCUGAUUGCCGUCGGAUUGCCGGAUGAUGCAGAGCGAUUCGACAUUCUGAGAACGGUGACACGGUCGCUGUCUCUAUCGCCCCAAGCCGAUUUGAAGUCCAUGGCUCUGCAGACGAAGGGGUUUUCAGGCGCCGACAUCCAAGACAUGGUCCGACGGGCAGUGCUCGUUUCGUUCCAUCGUCAAUCGGACCAGGACAAGGAUGACCUUCAGGCGGCGUUGGACGAAAUGAGGCGGCAGGACCAAACCAGCGACUCCUAG